AUGGCUUCGUCCACCAAAGCAGCCCGUCUGGGCGAGGAGACUCGAGUGGACAAGGUCAGCGCUGAGCUCGUCACCCUUACCUACGGCACCAUUGUUGCGCAACUGUGCAAGGACUACGAAUACAACUACAUUGAUGUCAACAAGCAACUGGAGCGCAUGGGCUAUAAUAUCGGUAUACGGCUGAUUGAAGACUUCCUCGCAAAGUCAAGCGCGCCUGCUUGUACAAACUUCCGGGAGGUGUCCGAGAUGAUCUCAAAGGUCGGAUUCAAGAUCUUCCUCAAUAUCACACCGACGAUUACCAACUGGUCAAGCGAUAACAAGCAGUUCUCCCUCAUCUUCGAAGAGAACCCGCUUGCCGACUUUGUGGAGUUGCCCGACGAUGGCCGCGCACAGGACGAGCUGUGGUUCUCCAACAUAUUGGUCGGUGUGCUGCGUGGCGCAUUAGAGAUGGUACAUAUGCAGGUGGAGGCACACUUUGUCAGCGAUGUCCUACGGGGCAACGACACUACAGAGAUGCGGAUAUCCUUGGUCCGCUACAUUGACGACGAAAUGCCACCCGACGAUGAGUAAGAGCAGACAUGGGGCAAGGCGUCUUCAAGACAUGGCCACGGGUGAAGGAACAGGUACAGUACGAGGGACGAGGGAGAGGAACAGCGCUACCAACGAGACAGCAACAUGCGCAGAGCAGUAUCCGCCAAGCAGUUGCAAGGCGGUUGUAGGGCUCGUCGAAAGCGUAUAGUAUGUCAGAUUACUCUUGGCAUAUUACAAUGCAGUAACAAAAUAGAAUUGCGCAA